AUGGGGGAUGACGCGACAAAGAGCGAGAUGAGCAUCAAUGUCUGCAUCGAUUAUGGGACCUAUGAGACUACAGUCUCGUACGUCGUGUGCGAGAACGGCAGACCAGGCGGCGAACCCGUGGUGCUUCGCAUCCACAAUUCAGAAACCACAAGAACAAUGGCCACCUACGUUGAUGACAGACUGAUCUAUGGGCAAGAGUGUGAAAACGCAGCUACUAGAGAUCCUCAGCUCGGAGACAAGGUGAUGCACCAUUUCAAGCUCUGUUUGUACGACUCUGCCGAAUUUGCCGAUCACAAGAAGACGAUCGAAGGCAUUCUUGCAAGCUUUCCUCAACCCAAGACAUUCGAGACCUUUAUUGCGGAUCAUAUACGAGCGCUCAACGAAGAUAUCAAGGCUGCGCUCCGUGACAUUCCCGAGAAGACGAACUUUUACGACCAAGAAGAGCUAGAAGCGGCGUUAGCUCGUCUGAAAGUUCGUUUGACCGUUCCCCAGAUGUGGAAGGACGAUUGCCGGAAGAAGAUGCAAGAAGCUGCUAAGAAGGCGGGACUACCGGUGGUCGUACUUGCUUACGAGCCAAGGUGCGCGCUUGCGCACAUUGUCUACCGUCAGGCAAAGCGACAAUUCUCUCGAGGCCGGAAAUUGAAGAAGGGUGACCUUAUCCUUGUUAUCGACAUCGGCUCUGGUACAGCAGACUUUGCCUUGUACGAGCUAGAGGACGACCUUAGCGCUACGAGCCACUUUAAGGACAUAGCAUACGGCACUGGCUCCCUUUGCGGAGCGUUCAGCUGUCACAAGAGUCUCCUCAAGCUCCUAGUACGGCGCAUGAACGGGGAGGUUGGAGGCGACUGGGUUAGGCUCGUUGCCGCCAAAUUGAAAAUCAGCGAGCGGGAGUUUGAACGCCGCGCGCUCGAGGCCAUUGAGGUGUCUUUGAAAAACUUUUACAGUGGCUGUGAAAGCUUAAACUUCUAUCUUUACGAGGGAGAGUUCGAGCAAGCUCUGGAUGAGGUCUUUAAAUCGAUGACCGCGAAAGUUGAGGAAAUCGUGGCGACGAAGGGGCUGAAGACGAGCGACGUCAACAUGAUGUGCAUGUCCGGUGGCAUGUCAAACAACGACUACCUGUACAACAAGCUUCGCAACAAGUACGAAGUAGUUGGCCAGAUUAUCGUUGUCCGAGACCUGUCCGACAGCCACCACGCAGUCGCUUGUGGAGGCCUCUUGCGCUACCAGAACAUCACGAAACAAAGCUUUCCAUUAAAGUACGGGUAUGCGAUGUUACAGCGAGAGGAGUUCGAUGAAGGGAAGCACGUAGACGGCUUUACGGUCUGGCGGGAUGAUGAUGACAAGGUGGUGUCGAAAACACACAAGCCAUGGGUCAAGGAUAGCCCAUACGACACUCAGGUGCGCAUCGUCGAAGACAGGAUCCACAAGAUUAUCGACAGUGGUAAGGUCAUUACGAAGGGAGAUGAGUGGAGCAUUGGACACGUAUUCUACGCGCCUGUCGAUGAUCCACGCAUCAGCGCUGAGUUCGUGUAUCUCAGCAAGCAUUUCAAAUGUAAGAACUCCGAUCCUGCUCGCCGCCACAGGGUGAAACGCGCAAAGAGCGCAAAGCAAGUGAAGGGCGAUGAAGAGGAAGAGGACGAAGAGGCGAAGGAUCCGUUCAAAGAUGGCGUUCAUCCAUGGACCAAGAUUUGCCUUCCUCUGGACAAGGCGUUGUUACAGAACCACGAGAUUGUGACAACUGCCGACGGUGAGAAGCACUAUCGGCUGGAAGCCGACGUGGUCAUUCGGGCUCUCGAAGACGAUCUGAAGAUCUGCGUCGAUAUUAUGAAGCCCAAGCCGAACGAAGCCUCCGUAGCUUUCCGGGUGGAGGACGAGAUUUGGAGCGGCGAUCACUCGGAGUUCGCGCAGUUGUAA